AUGCCUACCCCCGGUCUUCUUUACGUGACAAUGCAGCCCCAGGGCUCGUUGCCGGACACCCAGUUCCACGACUGGUAUAACACUGAACAUGGACCUCUGCGUCUGCGAUUGCCCUUUGUCACCAAUGGAUUUCGCUUCCGUGCUACCGAUGGAGAGCAACCUGAAUAUGUGGCUUUAUAUGAUAUUACCGAUAUGGACGAGUUAACCCGCGAGACCUACUUGGAUCUAAGAACCGACUUGAUUAAAACCGAACGGGAGAAGAAGACUAUGGCCCAAAUCGAUGUCGGCCGUUUCCUGUACGACCUAGUGGAUGAGCGUAGCAACCCCACCUUUCGCCCGCUAGAAUAUCAAGUCGAUACAGAUGCCGAGACGCGGGGUAGCGUCCUCAUCGCCGUCCGAGUUGCCACUCAUCCCGAACCCGCCAAACAAGCUGAGCUGGAAAAAUGGUACCGAGAGGAACAUUUUGAAAUGCUCUCCCGUGUGCCUGGAUGGCGUCGGAGUCGCCGUUUCGUCACUGCGGCAAUCGAUUCCGCCGCCCGGCGCGAAUCGCUAACUCUUCAUGAGUAUGCUCCGGUCAAUGGUCUUGGAGGUGACGCCCACAAAGCCGCCAUGAAUACCCCAUGGGGAACGCGUCUCAUGAGCGAGGUGGUCAUCUCCAAAAAGCGUCGUGUAUAUGAGUGGUACUACACCUUCGGCCCUGCUCCUCGUGAGCUCACUUCGCUGGCUGCCCCGGAUGUUGUGGGACCUUGGAACUCUAAUGAUGGCCGUACUCGCACAUUUCCCUCGGCCGCCCGCCCGGCUGUCGAGUCAUUUGUUACUACUUCUGACGGCGUUGAGAUCCCUUACCGUCUGGAGGGUAGCACCGACCCCUACGCGCCUGUCGUCAUUUUGAGCAACUCCAUCCUGGUCAACUGGAACAUCUGGGAUGGUUUCAUUAACGCGUUUUUUGCCCAUCAAGAGAACCAACGCUACCGUGUUGUGCGGUAUUUGACAAGAGGACGACGCCCGCAAAGUGGUGAGCAGGCUGUCAAUAUUGAUUUGCUUGCCUCUGAUCUAGCUACGUUGCUGGAGGCAUUGCGUGUGCCCCCCAAGGCCGCUCGUUUGAUCGGUGUUAGCCUAGGUGGUGUGACCGUUUUGAACGCGGCUCUCCUUCACCCAGAACGCAUUGGAGCUUUCAUCGCAUGCGACACCAACUCUUCCGCCCCCGAAUCCAAUCGCAAGGCAUGGGGUGACCGUAUCGCCAUCUCUGAGAAGGAAGGCUCUAUCGAUCCAGAGACCAAGGAGCCCAUUGUCGGCGAAGAGUUGGCCGAAUUAACCACCCGUCGCUGGUUCAUACCGGAGUCAUACCAGACCAAGCCUGAGGUCCUUGCGCCCGUCAAAGAGGCCGUUCGAACCAACAGCUUAAAGGGAUUUGCCCAUAGCGUGCAGGCCCUUUGUGCCUACGAUAUCCGGGAUCGCAUGGCUGCUGCCACUGUACCAGGUCUCUUCGUCGCCGGAGCCAAUGACGGAAUCCUGCCCCAGACAAUGCAGAAAAUGGCCGCAGAUCUACGCGGUGGCGCUGAUCUUAAGAUCAUCGAACGUGCAGGCCAUCUGCCUAUGGUGGAGCAGCCUAUGGCAUUUGCAGAAGUUGUGACUGAGUUCUUCAGCAAAAUCGAUGGUUGA